AUGCAAAUUACUUACUCCCCCGUGAGGCUUGACCUCCACAGGCAGGUCCGGGCACAGGAAGCGGAAAAGGAAGCGGAAAAGCAAGCGGAGCGGGAGAGACUGGCCUUGGAAAACGAACGUUUGGCGAGGGAGAGAACACUAGAGUCGGCCGUGCUGGACGAGUUCUACCAAUACAAACGCAUCCAGGAGUACUAUAGAUCGCGCGUCCUCGUCCUCAACCCCGGCAAGAAAACGGAUAAGCUGGCCGGCAGUCUCGAAGCCAUGUGGAUUGGCAGCGAGGAGCCGCGUUACUCUGCUCUCUCCUACGUAUGGGGUGAGCCUCAGUAUAACGAAGUGAUCCUCAUCGAUGGGAAAAGACUGGCUAUCACGAACAGUCUGGGCAUCGCCCUGCGGCGGCUUCGCCCUGCUCCUGGACAGCCAGCGCUACGAAUCUGGAUCGACCAGCUGUGCAUUAACCAGAAGGACACUGUCGAACGGAGCCAACAGGUCCGGCUCAUGCAUGCCAUUUUCCGAGAUGCACACCAAGUUCUCGUGUGGCUUGGUGCAGAUCCCGAAGGCCACGCUUCCAGGGCUUUUCAGCUUCUCAAUGCGCUGCGUUCCAUCUUUGAGGACAAACUCCUGUCGACCCUCUGCAAGUUAAAGGGGGCAAACUUUGACUGGAUUCCUGUCGAAAAUUGGAAAUCUCUGCGAGAACUUAGCAAAUUGCCUUGGUUCCGAAGGGCUUGGAUCCCCCAGGAAAUAGGGACAGACGCAGAAGCCAUCGUCCACUGGGGUUCGGAAAGCAUCCGGCGGUUUGUUGAGCAGCCACGGGAUGAGCCGGGAGGGCGAGCACGGCAUAGCUUCGUCUACCAACUGUGCUUGAGCGCUAGGAACUCGGCCACGGACCCCCGAGACUAUGUCUUCUCACAACUUGGCCACUACUCGGCGUGGAUCGAAGCUGAACAGGCGCUCAUCAUCCAGCCCGACUAUGACAAUACGAUUGCGGCCGUCUACCACGAGAUUGCCAUCCGCGCACUCACUGUCGAUAGUACUUUGAUGCUACUGAACAGCGUGUCGGACAAUGGGGAGGUUAGGUCACCGCUUCCAGGACCAAAGGAACUGCCGAGCUGGGUCCCGCGGUGGGACGCAGGGAGAUUCCACAGCCUGAUAGGCCACCCCGGGCGCUACAAAGCAUCCGGCUCGCCCAAUUCAUGUAUUACAAAGGACUCAUUCGAAGAUAACUACAAGACGCUGUUGGUCAAGGGCCUUGUCGUUGACACUAUCGACAAGGUAACUGCCAGAUUCACUUCGAGCUGCUUCAACUCGGACUCUCCCAAGAAGGAGCUUAUCCAGGCUGCAUGGCGCCUCUGCCGACCUCCUAAGCCGGUUCCCGCAUUCCUCGACACCCUCGCCCCAGCCGCGCUCUUUGACGAUAUAUCAUCUCCUUCGAAUUCUUCGCCAUCUCCAAAAGCCGAUGACACGGCGUACGCUUCGGGCAUCUCGGUGCUCUCCAAAUUGUUCCCCGCCGCCGCGUUCAGCACCAAACAUGACCCGCGCAACUGGAAGCCUCCCAGCGCCAGUCGUAGGGAGGCAACCCCAACAACAGAAACCCCCAAGCCAAACCCAACUGCCUGGCUGCAGGCGGCAGAGAACCACGCCGUGCACCGCUGCUUUGCCGUGACGGAAGAGUCGCGCUACUUUGCCAUGAUGCCGCCGACGGCGAAGGCGGGCGAUCUCCUGUGUAUUUUGCAGGGAGGUGAGACGCCAUAUGUGCUGAGGCUUGAUCCGAAGCGAGAUGAUACGAGGCUUUUUGUGGGUGAGGCGUAUGUACCGGGCUUGAUGGAGGAUGCGUCGGGUUUGUUUGAGACGGGCAUGGAUAUGGAGACAUUUCGGUUGCGGUAG